AUGGUUCAAACAUUGCCCGCGAGUACCAUAACCGUUAGUGGAGAUGUGCAAACAUUGCCGGCGUCGACGGUAUACUUGAGUGGAGCCGUGCAGACGCUUCCACCUACCACAAUAACCGUCGAUGGAUAUGUGCAAACCUUACCGGCCUCCACUACGACGGUAUACCUUAGUGGAAACGUUCAGACGUUGCCUGCAUCUACGAUCACAGCAGUGGUAACGGUUACCGGCCAGGAGACUUGCCCGUCGGAGGCUACGGUGUAUCAGACUGCAUAUGAGACUCUCCCUACGACAGUCUAUGAAACUGCCGAUGCUAGCACCGUGGUCGUUACAGAGACACUUGAGCCGGAUGUUGUAACCCAAGUACAACAGGAGACUAUUUACAUUACUGCUGGAAGGUCAUACACGAACACUUACACUGGAAGGACGAUCCAACCGUCUACUGUGUUUCAGACAGUUACCAUCACCUCCCCACCUCAGACGAUCGCGCAAAGCGCGGCUACUGUUUUCGUUACUGACGUCUACUUCAGUUUCAGUUUCGGUAUCGACUGUGACCUCGACCUCAGUAUCGGUAUCUACGAAGUGAGCGCCUUGAAUCCCUACCAUUGCGAUGACACGACUGCUAACGAACGAAUUAGUGCUGUGACUUCCGUCAUCACAGUUACGCAGACCCAGCUGCAGUCAGCUCCAACUCAAACGGAGACUAUUACUUCAACUUCGACAACCACCUUUCCGGCAGUCACCAGUCUCAGCACAACGACAAGCUUAAUCACUCUACCCCCCGUUACUACCAUCAUCACUUCUCGUGAAUUCGGUACAAUCACGAGUACAGAGACCUUGGAUCCGGACACUGUUACCCUCUAUCUCUACACGUACUGCCACCGUUACCAGAACAAGUACACAAACGGAAACAGAGACGGCGACCAUUGCCAGGACUACAUCGACCAGGACUCUCACGAGUACCUCGGUGCGCACUGUACCAACCACCACUACGCAGCGAACGACUGUGACAGUCCCCACUACGGUGAUAUCACGUACGACCUCGAUAUCUCGACUGACAACUACCGUGCGAAAUACAGUGACGUCGACGUCGAUAUCUAG